UGUGUGAGCCGGGAGGAAUCGGUGUGUCGGGUCUCCGGUAUGGGCAGGCGUCUCAGUCCUCAACUUUUAACCGGAGAUUUUUUUUUUUACCACAGUUACGCUACAUUUGCCACUGUUUAUACGACCUGAGAAUGGAUUUCUGAAUGGAAUAACCGGGAAGUGAGUCCGCAGUGAGCGCAUUCGACCGUUUGAAUUCAUUUUCUUUUUUGUUGUUCGAGUUGUUGAAAGAAGAGGGGAAAAUGCCAGUUGCAACUCUUCUGCCUUUCACCGCGACCCCGAAUAGGAAGUCUGCCAGCCCGACCUCCUUCAGGUUGACAGAGAAAUUCAUACUGUUACUAGUGUUUAGCGCUUUUAUAACCCUAUGUUUCGGGGCCAUCUUCUUCCUACCUGACUCGUCCAAGCUGCUUAGCGGAGUUUUCUUUCAUGCCUCCACGGUGGAGACCAACACCCGCACCGGUCCGGACAGCAGCGACCAAGCUUCGGCUGGAAACGACGAGAGGGUCCUGGCCAAAAUCCGAAAAGACCACGAAAAAGCCCUGUUAGAGGCUAAGGAUACUUUGCAGAAACGUCCCGAAGUGAUACAAAAAGACAUUUUAAAUGAUAAGGAGAAAGUUGCAAAGGAGAACGCGGGUCAAGGUGGGAACGAUUUACCUUUCGUCGAGUAUCACCGCCCGCCCGGGGCGACCGGACACGAGCCCCAGGACCCCGAGACCAAGGAGAGACGGGCCAAGAUCAAAGAGAUGAUGAAACAUGCGUGGGGCAGCUACAGGCGCUACGCCUGGGGUUCCAAUGAGCUCCGGCCCGUCUCCAAGCAAGGCCACUCCAGCAAUCUAUUUGGCAGUAUAAAGGGAGCUACAAUAGUGGACGCUCUGGAUACCCUCUACAUCAUGGAGAUGUUUGAGGAGUUUGAUGCUGCUACCGACUGGGUGGAGAAGAACCUCGACUUUAAUGUGAAUGCCGAAGUCUCCGUGUUUGAGGUGAACAUUCGGUUCGUUGGAGGUCUGCUGUCCGCCUACUACCUGUCUGGGAAAGAGGUAUAUCGUAGGAAGGCGGUGGAGUUGGGUGAAAAGUUGCUGCCCGCCUUCAAAACGCCCACCGGGAUCCCCUGGGCUCUGCUUAACCUCAAGAGUGGUAUUGGCAGAAACUGGCCCUGGGCUUCGGGUGGCAGCAGCAUCCUGGCGGAGUACGGCACCCUGCAUCUUGAGUUCAUGCACCUCAGUAAACUCUCGGGGAAUCCUGACUUCGCACAGAAGGUGAUGAACAUCCGAAAAGUACUGAAUCGCCUGGACAAACCACAGGGGCUUUACCCCAAUUACCUGAACCCCAAUAGCGGCCAGUGGGGCCAACAUCACGUUUCCGUGGGGGGCCUAGGGGAUAGUUUCUAUGAGUAUCUGCUCAAGGCCUGGCUGAUGUCUGACAAGGCUGACGAAGAGGGGAAGAAGAUGUAUUAUGAUGCCCUGCAGGCGAUAGAAACCAACCUGAUGAGGAAGUCGACCAGCGGGCUGACCUACAUCGCCGAGUGGAAGGGGGGGCUGCUGGAGCACAAGAUGGGCCACCUGACCUGCUUCGCGGGGGGCAUGAUCGCACUGGGCGCCGACGGGGCGCCCGGCGACAAGACGGGCCACCAGAUGGAGCAGGCCGCUGAGAUCGCCCGGACCUGCCACGAGUCCUACGCCAGAACCGCUUUGAAGCUGGGCCCCGAAGCCUUCCGCUUUGACGGCGGCGUUGAGGCCAUCGCCACUCGCCAGAACGAGAAAUACUUCAUCCUCCGUCCCGAGGUCAUCGAGACCUACAUGUACAUGUGGAGGUUCACCCAUGACCCCAAAUACAGGGAGUGGGGCUGGGAGGCUGUUCAGGCUUUAGAGCAGCACUGUAGAGUAGAAGGAGGCUACAGCGGCGUCAGAGACGUCUACGCUUCAACCCCCAACCACGACGACGUGCAGCAGAGCUUCUACUUGGCCGAGACACUCAAGUAUCUCUACCUGCUCUUCUCCGACGACGACCACCUGCCCUUCGACCACUGGGUGUUCAACACCGAGGCUCACCCUCUGCCCGUCAUCAAGAAGGACAAGACGGACCUCCCCAACGAGGUGGAGUAGCCGACCCGCCCUGAAGCACGUGGGAGAACCUUUGAUCCUGUACGCCUGAGCCUCCAGCCUUUAGCCAUUUGGAUCCCCGAACGUUACAGGCGCCUCUUGAUUGGGAUUUCACCCGUUUUUUUUUUUUUUU